AUGGCUCCUGGGCCAGGCCUCAUGCUGCCUCUCAGACCCUCCCAUCUGCCGGGGGUGAAGGACUCCCCACCUUAUAGGGGGAAGGAGGCCACAGGGACUGCGGGUUCCCGGGCCAUCAACAACCUUCGAAGAUCCAACAGCACGACACAGGUCAACCAGCCGUGGACCGACUCCCCCAGGGCAGCGGAGCCCAACGACUUCCUGACGCUCUUCCAGGGCAGCCCCGACAGGACAAAGAGGCCAGCCAGUGUGAGCAAAACUUCCAGCGAGAGGGGAGCCACGUGGAACGUGCUGGAUGACCAGCCCAGGGGCUUUGCUGUGCCUUCUACUGCUCUGAAUUCCAGUGCUCUCAACUCACCUGUGGGCCCACGGAAGAGAGAGAGCACCGUGGCACUGGCUCCUACCUUCACUGCCAACAACAGGAGCAACAAGGGGGCUGUGGGCAACUGCGUCACCACCAUGGUGCACAAUCACUACACUCCCUCGGAGAAGACGCCCUCUGUCAAGAGCUCCAACCAGGCGGCCCCCUCCCUCAACAACAUCAUCAAGGCAGCCACUGGCGAGGGCACUGAGAGUGGGGGCCUUGGGAAGCCUCAGAAGAACGUCUCCAGCAGCAACCGCUCGGGCCGGAGCAGCGCCAUGGGCCUGCCCCGGCGGCAGGAGGUGACCGAGGAGGAGGCUGAGAGGUUUAUCAACCAGGUGAACCAGGCUGCUGUCACCAUCCAGCGCUGGUACCGCCACCAGGUGCAGCAGCGCCAAGCAGGAGCUGCCAGCAUGGACCGCCUGUUGGCAUCCAAGCAAGAGGAGCAGCGGCUGCUGCUGAGAGAGGGGACCCUGCUGGACGUGCACCGGGAGAGGGAGGCAGCAAGGAGGAAGGCCCGCGAGGAGAAGGCCCGCCAGGCCAGGCGAGCAGCCAUUCAGGAGCUGCAGCAGAAACGAGCGCAGAAGUCAGGGGAUGCCAGGCUUGGGCUGUCCCAGGAGACCAGAGCACCAGGGAAGCCGUGGCCUGCUCAGGAGCCCCCGAAGCGGGGUGUUGGCGCCUGCCAGGCCCUCAAGGCCAACAACAGCAGUGCCAUCUCCCUCACCGCAGGCCCCGGGGACCCCUGCCUGCCUGCCUCUGACUCAUCCCCGGAGCCCCAGCAGUCUCCAGAAGACAAGCUGCAGGACGUUUGCUCCCAGGCUGGGGCUAGUGAGGACCUGGAGAGAGUGGGCCCCACCCAGAGCAGCGCCCAGUCCAGGGCGACACUUGACGAGCUGCUGGACACACUGAGGCUGCUGGAGGCAGAGCCGGAGCCACUGGCCCACCCCAGGGCCUACCACAAGGACAGAUACGCCUGGACUGAUGAGGAGGACGAUACCAGCUCCCUGACAGCUGACAACCUGGAGAAAUUUGGGAAACUCAGCGCACCCCCCGAGGAUGGGACGCUGCUGUCAGCAGCCAAGCUGCAGAGCAUCCUGAGCUUCCUGGAUGAGAUGGAGAAGCCUGGGCAGGACCGGCCUACCGCCCCGCGGGAGGGGCCAAUGCUGGAGGCGGCGCCCGAGGCAAGUGCGUUGGUUCCACGGCUGAAGCUGGAGGUGGAGGAGAAGAGGCAGGCGCUGGCGCUGCUGCAGAGGGCGCUGACACAGCAGCGGGACCUCACCAUCCGGCGGGUCAGGGAGACGGAGAAGGAGCUGAGCCAGCAGCUGCAGCAGCAGAAGGAGCAUUACGAGGCCACCGUGCAGCGACACCUGGCUUUCAUCGACCAGCUGAUUGAAGACAAGAAGGUCCUGAGUGAGAAGUGUGGGGCCUUGGUGGCCGAGCUGAGGCAGGGGGACCAGAGGUGGAAGGAGCAGACGGCCCAGAUGCAGGAGCGGCACGAGCUGGAGAUUAAGAAACUCAAAGAAUUAAUGAGCGCCACUGAAAAAGUCCGCCGGGAGAAGUGGAUCAAUGAGAAAACCAGAAAGAUCAAGGAGAUCACUGUCAGAGGACUGGAGCCCGAGAUCCAAAAGCUGAUUGCCAAGCACAAGCAGGAGGUGAAAAGGCUCCGGAGCCUGCACGAGGCGGAGUUGCUGCAGGCGGACGAGCGGGCCACGCAGCGCUACCUGUGCCAGGCUGAGGAGCUCCGGGAGCAGCUGGAGCGGGAGAAGGAGGCACUGGGCCAGCGGGAGCGGGAGCGGGCCCGGCAGCGGUUUGAGCAGCAGCUGGAGCAGGAGCAGCGGGCCCUGCAGCAGCAGAGGCACAGGCUGCACAGCGAGGUGGCCGAGGAGAGGGAGCGGCUGGGACAGCAGGCAGCCAGGCAACGGGCAGAGCUUGAGGAGCUGCGGCGGCAGCUGGAGGAGAGCAGCUCGGUGCUGACCCGGGCCCUGAGGACCGAGUUUGAGAAGGGGAGGGAAGAGCAGGAGCACCGGCACCAGUCGGAGCUGAAGGCCCUGAAGGAUCAGCUAGAGGCAGAGAAGCAGGCGUGGGAAGCCGGAUGCGCCAAAAAGGAGGAGGCGUGGCUGCUGAACCGGGAGCGGGAGCUGAAGGAAGAGAUCCGGAAAGGCCGGGACCAGGAGAUCGAGCUGGUCAUCCACCGGCUAGAGGCCGACAUGACGCUGGCCAAGGAGGAGAGUGAGAGGGCUGCUGAGGCCCGCAUCAAGCGCAUACGGGACAAGUACGAGACAGAGCUCUCCGAGCUAGAGCAGUCAGAGCGGAAGCUUCAGGAACGGUGCCUGGAGCUGAAGGGUCGCCUUGGGGAGGCUGAGGGGGAGAACGUGCGUCUGCAGGGCCUGCUGUGGCAGAAGGAGAGGGAGCUGGAAGACCUGCGGGCGAUAAAUGAGCAGAUGUCAGGUGAGCGGAGCAGCCUCACCCAGGUGGUCCAUCAGGAGUUCGCUGACCGGCUGGCAGCCUCCAAGGAGGAGAACCAGAAGAUCAAGGCCGAGCUGGCCGAGCUGCAAGCCCGCCAGAGGCUGGAGCUGGAGGAGGUGCACCGGAG